UGUAAACAAGAUGGCGGCUGUUGGCAGGUUUGAGGUGUUCAAAACAUGAUAUGGGUUAGCGUGACACUGAUAGACACUGAAAGUGAAAGGUUUUUCACGCUACCCUGGUUAUACAUGUGAGGUAUAUGGGACUUUGAUUACACGUGGAUAAGUAAUCAAAAAAGUGAUUUGAUUGAAAAAACGGACCGGAUAAAAAAAGAAAACACGACGAAAGGGAAAGUUACAGUUGGUUUGUCAGCAUAAUAUUUUAAGACAUUUAAGAUGGCUACAAGGCUGAUGGCAUGUGAACCAUACAAGAAAAACGCAUAUUCAGAAGGAGUAACCUUUGAUAUCACUACUCCCACUGCCUCCAUUACCCAGGAUGUGGAAUAUGACCCAGCCAUUAGUGAGAAGAAGACCCCCAGCAAAGAAUGGGAGCUGGAUGUUCGCUCUCUUAUAUCCACUAAGAAAUGGCUACAGAACUAUGGCCUGAAGAAGAACAAGAUCAGCCUCAAACAGAUCCUCCCAACUAUCGGAUUCAAACACAGCGAUGAUUUUGACUCGUCUUUGAAGCGACCGAUUAGCUCCAGAUACAGCUCAGGGUUAUUCAGCAAGAUAUUCAGUCCAAGUGAUGGCAAAACAUUCAAUGUAACAUGUAGCCGACAGAUGCUGAAACAAUUGGAAGGGAGAUUACUCCAAGCAAUAGCUCUCUAUAAGAGGAGACUUGAAUGGCUGACAUCAGAAAGCCGGCGACUAUUUGGCGUAAUUGAAGAAAAGGGUGUGACCAUUGUGCUAGAUAUCCGGAACAUGUCACCACAACAGUUUGACCAGUACAAGAUAGCACUAGAGAGGGUCAUCUUUGAACAACUUACACAAGUUGCCAAAUUUAACCUGAUAAGGGCUGUGGAUGAUUUGGUUUCAUAUCAGGAGGAAUGUGUACCAGUGACCUUUGACACCAUACAGGGAGCUGUUGAUUGGGUGUGGUCACUAGACCGUCUCCAGUCAGUGUCACGGUCUGCUGCUUGUGAAGCUGUGCUCAAGGCAAUGGCUGAUAAAAACAAUGAAGCUGUUUACCUGUUUACAGAAGGAACAUCUAUAGAUACCUGUAAAGAGAUCAUGAAAGAAAAGGUGGCAGCACUACGACGGAAGAUCCCUGUUCACUGUGUGUCAUAUAACUGUGGAAGCUCGGACACCGUCCGCUUUCUCAGAGACUUCGCACCAUGCACUGGUGGAAAAUUCCAUGCAUAUGCUGUGAUCAUGGAGAUGGACUCGUAUGAAGGUGAGCCUCUAAACCCCCGUACCAAUAAGGCUAAUAUCCUACUGAAAAAGAAGACUUAUGGAGGGGUGCCUCCAGGGUCGGGCAUGCGGGAGGAUGUCAUCCUCCUGUUUGAGGAGCUAGAGGAAGCUAAGAACAAUCUCUCACAGAUUCAGUCCUUGAUGGAGGAGGUACCAGAACCAAAGAUACAGAUAGACUCUGUGAUAGAGAGAACGCAACUCACAGAUCCAGAGGAACAAUAUAUGAGCUCAAAAGACUGGUUGAAGAAAUUCGGAUUGGCCGCUAGACGACUGGAAUUGUAUGAUGUUCUUGCUGGUGUAGCCUUCAAACAUAUGGAUGGUGUAGUGGACAUUAAACAGAAACCGGACCAUAACACACACACAGACGCUGUCAGAAAGCCUAAGUUGAUGAACGCUAAGUACUGUGACAGAUUUCCUGUGGUUCGGUGGAAAGAUGGAGGAGUGGUUCAUGUUCAGGUCACACCCGAGAUCCACCGUAGCUACGAACAGAGGAUGAAUGUGGCAGUACAGGCCUUCCAUCAGCGGGUGGACUGGCUGAACCAGGGGAGUAGAGCCUUAUUUGGGACAGUAAUUGAGGAUCAGAUCUACAUCCUCAUUGACACCUCCUCCUCAAUGACACCCAGUAUUCAGUUUGUUAAGGAUAAGCUUUUUAUCCUUAUGCAGGAACAACUUCGACACAAGAUGAAGUUUAACUUGGUGGCCUUCAACUCUAAAGCCAUAUCCUGGCAAAACCGCCUGGUGGAGGUGAAUGAACAGAGCCUGAAAGGAGCGUGGAAGUGGAUCCAGGGACUAAGCUGUUGGGGAUCUACCAAUACCUACGCAGCUCUCCAAUUUGCUAUCUCUGACCCUGGUACACAGGCCAUAUACCUACUAACCGAUGGUAGACCUGACCAGCCUCCCCGAUCCAUCAUAGCCCAGGUACAGAUGCAACACUGUGUUCCCGUCCACACCAUCUCCUUCAACUGUAAUGAUACAGAGGCCAACCAGUUCCUGUGUGACCUUGCACGUAACACAGGGGGUCGCUACCAUUAUUUCUCUGAGAAGGGCAAGCUUGACCAAGACCAGCCUGCGUCCUGGGAGAGUGAAGAUAUCCGCCUGCUCAAAGAGGAGGCAAGUCGUGGAAGGGAGAGUCUUGACAAGGUGGAAGAACUCCGUGAUGAGUGUUCCAACCUCUCCUGGAAAAAGGAAGUAGAGUCACUCAGAAGAUGUUCCAGGAGCCACCCUAAAUCUCUGACAGAUCGUGUCUCUGCUGUCCCUCCUCUUAACACCAGUGACCUGUACCGAUCCUCCACUCCCCCUCCCCCCAAAACACUGAGUGCCUCCAUGGAUUCUCCGCUGAUGUCCCCUGCCCCUCCCAAACAGUCCAGGGCCUAUUCAGCUCAUAGAUCUUUGAGCUCAUCCCUUGAUUUUCAACGUCCAAAGUCAGCCGUCCCAACAAGUGGAUCAAAAACUGAACGCAGUCCUCUCUCAGCAAGUCACACAAGGACUAGUCUACUACGCACACUCAACAGUACCGGAAAUUUCUCUCCUGAGGAAUGGUUAUUACCAGAGACCCGUCAGCUGUUUGAGAAACAGGCAGUUCGACAAAAACAGCUUGCAAUAGUGUUACAGCGCUAUGACAUGUCUCCCUACAUCUUGGAAGAAAAUGAUGAAACCCGAAAGACCAGCAGCAGAAGGAGCAAGAUAAAGAAAAACAUCAAACCUCAUUCCAUGUCAUCCAAGAUGUGGCUUAGCAAGCAUGGUCUGGUGGCCAAGAAACUUACCAUACUGGACGCACUUGCGCCGACUUUCGUUUCCCACAGCGCCAAAUAUGUGCCAAUCCUGGACAAGCAUGUGGUUGCAAAGGUGUUUGAUGGGGUUUUACCACUGGCCCAUGUAUCAUCCCGCAGCAGACAGAAAAUCACACUGGUCAAUCCACUGGCCGUGGACCUCAAGGGCUACGAGGCGAAAGUCCGGUCAGCUAUUAACCUCUACAAAAGACGACUGGACAAGAUAGUUUGGGAAGCCCUUUCACAGGACACAAAGGAUGGGUUUGGGUCUGAUGAGCCAUUAUCAUUUGAUAACAAUCGUCUGGUGCUAAUAAAGGCGCUAGACACAGCCGGCUGGCCCAUUGAAGAGUCAGAUAUCCUUUUACUAGAAGAAGAAAUUGCCCGGGGUAACAAAUUCCUCAGCCAGGCUGAAGAACUCCGCAAAAACUCUGACACAAGAAAUUCUGAUAACGAUGAUGAGGUCCCGAUCUCUAAGAAAAAUAGACGGAAGCAUAGUCGUCGUUCCCGCAGCAGCAUCAGCAGCAGUGGGUCUCGCUCCAGUCGGUCAUCAUCGAGGUCAAGUUCUAGGUCAAGGUCAACAUCUCGGUCAGUGUCCAGGAAAGGAUCAGAUGUUUUGAUAUCACAUCAACAUUUAGAUGUGAACUUAGAUGAUGAUCUUAAUGUGUAUGAUGACAAAGCAAGUGUCGUGUCCAAUCUGACCAACAAUACCAAUCAGGAAUAUGAGGUAAGUCACACGUAAUGUAGUGCUGCAACCCCACCCCCUAAUUACUUGUCUGGCAACGUUCUAUUGUUUGCCUUGCCCCGCCCACUUAGCUAGUGUGGCCCCACCCCUGCAUGGCUUAUAUAUAUUUAUAUAAUAUGGAUGGGAACAGGGCAUGUCAACCAUUAUCCUGCUAGAUUUAUUGAUGCAUGUACAAUUUGCCAAAAUUUCAGAUGAUAAUAUUCAUAGAAAGCCAAAUCUAGUUCUGUUUACCUGGCAUGUAAAUACUGCUAGAAUUAUUUUAACACACUUAAUGAAUGGCAGGAGUUUGUGUUUUUAGCACAUAUAACAAAAUGAUGAAAAACAAAAUAUGUUAUACAUUUAAAUGAAUGUAUAAUCAAAAAUUUAAAAAGGUAUUCAAUUAUCUAAUUAAUUAAAGCACCAUUUAGGACAUUCAAUUUUUUAUUUGUUAAUAUUUAAAAAUAACAUUUACAAGAUAACAGGGCUAAGGUGCCUAAAGCAAUUCAGUUUGUAGUAUUGAUCAUAACAUAAUGGACCAAAUGUCGUAAAAGACCUGAAAUUCUUUAAAUCUGUAUUUAAACUACAUGAUAAAAAUAAUAAGUUUAAUUUAAUCUGUUCACAUAUCUAAAAACAAUUACACUACUAGUAUGUAGUUUAAAAUGGAUUUAUCAUAUAUGGAAAUGAAAAUAACGCCAUCAGGUAGUUUUAGUUCAACUUUCAGCUAAGUAAGGAAAGUGCAAAAUUAGAUCCACGCAAGAAAUUUAUUUUUUUAAAUUAUAUUUCCAUAAUCUUUGUUGCUUAAACACAUAUCUAUGUGUUAACCUUAUUUUAGCUCAAUAUAAGAGGAUAUGUCUGGUUGAGUAUCAAAUUUGCAUACUAUGGUACAUACCUAAUCUAUGUUGCUGUUAGGCACUGGGCACUUUGGUAUCCCUCGGGUGAGCAGUCUUCUGUCCAUACCCAUCUCAUGACACCACCGGGGGGAUUUUCUGUAAACCUCCUUGGAUUACAAUGCAGCCUAUUAAAUCAUUACGUGUGACUUUCCUUGUGGAAUUCUCUUAUUUUCUGCAAAUAUUUCAAGAAUAAUUGUAUAUUCAUAUUUUAAAUAAACCAUUCAGUAAAAUUGCAAAAGUAUGGAAAACUGUAUAUAUUUAUGUAUAUCUUUAGUUAAAGUAAAAAUGAACAUUACAUAGAUUUUUUUUAUAUUUGUUUUAACAAUGAAGGGAAAUGAAAAGAGGUAUUUAAACCAGCCAUGUAAUUAAUGAGAUAUAGUUGAUGGUCACUUUAUAUAAGUAUGUUAAAAGCAUUCUGAAUAUUGUCAUGUGUUAUUGGUCAUUAGCCUCGAGUGCUUGAUCUUUCAAAAGAAAGUAAAUGAUUUGCAGGCCUAUUUUCAGAAAUAAGCCUUUAAGAAAGAAUGAUAUGUAGAUCAGUUAGAAAACUUAAAGGCGGGCCUAAUAUUGAACAUGGUCUUAUCAAUGAUAAUGGUCUUACCACUGGUAGAAUAUACAAUUGUAAUACAUGUAAUAGAAAUGUUGCAUUUGAUGAUUUUAUUUCUCUUACCUACUUGGAAUUUUGUUAUCUUUAUAUAAAGAUCCAAUUAGUAUGUAUUGGUAUUUACAUUGAACCUGAAUUUUGGUUCAGUAUUCAGGUCUAAAGCAGACUAAUAGUUGAAACAAAAUGAAAUGUGUUUGAUUUCAAACCUGGUGGAAAACAUAAGCAGGAUUUCUCCUGAAUACUUUCCACUAAAAUAACCUACCACUAAAGGAUGCUGGUUUACAGUACCCAAGAAUGAUACAGGGUAGUGUGGUGUGUGGUAGUAAUGUUUGUUAUAGCUUACUGAUAUAUGUUGAGAAGAUUUUUUUUUCAAUUCAAGACAAUUCUCUCAAACUAUUAUUAAAAACUAAAUUGGCAAAGUUAGUAAAAAAUUUACAAUGUUUUUCCUUUCCUUUGGUGUAUUUGUUUAAGUGUGGUUUUGACUUUUUUUUUCACUUGUUAUAUUAAAUAUAUAUAUAUAUAUUCUGUUAGUUGUUAAAUUUGCUCAUAGUUUAUGCUUAAAGAUAAAAAGUGUUAAAAUUUGCUCAUAUUUUAUGCUUAAAAUGAUAAUUAUUGAAUGAUCUGUCAUAUUUUACAUGUACCGGUAUGUGAUGAUUGUCAUCUGUCCUGUAAAUACAAAAAACUCCAUCUGUUACCAUAGUAACUAGUCAUGCUCACCAAUCAGUAUUACUUAAAUGUAACCAAGAGUAAUCCAACCGUCCUCAUAUUUUUUUAUAUAAUUUUUUCUUAAAAUUUCUAAUUCGUUUUAUCAAAUUUAACUUCAUGACAAUAUGAAGUGUUCUACAUAACAUUGUAUUUACAUCAGUGUUAACUGAGCGCGUUAUGUGCUGCAUGUUUAAUCAUAUACAGGUAUAUGCUUUAUGUUUAGGCUAUAUACACUUGUCUCAUGGUAAAACAUGUCAGUCCUUAUAUUUAUGUGUUUUUUGUUCUUUAUGCAUAUGCCUGUUGAAAACAAGGUGUUAAUCCUGAUGUGUAUGUUUAAUGUUUAUGUUGUAUAUGCUUGUGUUUUAAUUCUAUCAAUUAUAUCAACCCUCACAUUCUAAUGGGGGGCUAUUCAAAUCACCCUUUGUCUUUGGUCCGUUGUCCGUCCAUUCAUCAUUAAACAAUUCUUGUUAUCAUUAUUUCUCAGGAAGUACUAAAGGGAUCUGUCUCAAAUUUGAUAAAAAGUUUCCCCU